CAAUCAAGCACACCUCUGGAAUCUAAUGUAAACAAAUAUGGCGGCUGUGAAGAAAAUAGAAGUGUCUGGUGAAAUAUUUUGUGAUAAUGUACUGAAUAAACCACCUUUACCGGGGAGACCUGUGUCUGGCAAGUUCCACAACAGGGGAUCGGGAAAGUUAUUCCCUUCUACGCAACACAAUAAAUUAUUUACAGACACUCAGCAAGACAGUAAACCAGAAGUCGCUAUUAAUCACCUGGCUCUUGUAUUACACCCAGACUCUAAACUUGAUGAUGAUACUUCACAGCCAAGUACGCCAAAAUCUGUACCCAGUUAUUGCAGGAGAACACAAAGUGCUAAAGCCAGAUGUCAAAAUGUCAGAAAAAAUUCUGCUCAAAAAUCUCACAGACAAAGACCUGUUAGUGCUGGUAGCAGGAUGACACAAGACAAGAAUGGAAUGUGUUCAUCUAAACCUGCUGUAAUUGAUUUAGCUAAUAAAGUAAUACCUGAUUUGUUUGAAAUUGAGAAGCAAAAAAUUCUUGCUCUGCCAGAUCCAAGAGACUAUGGCCAGAAUGUGUAUCAAAAUAUGCCACCAAUGCAUUUUUCUCGACCGUCUUCUGCUAAAUAUAGUGACACAGAUGUUGACAGUUCUCAUUUUUGUAAGAAAGGAAUAGGCUCCAAAAGUGUGAGAAAUGGUUUAAAACCAUCCGUCUAUGGCUUACAAAGACAGAGACAGUUUUAUGGAAGUGCGCCUGAUUUGUCGAGUACAAACUGUAAUUUUGAUCAAUAUCCAUAUAAGAUAUCACAAACCAGGGAGGAUACAAACGUUGAAUAUGUUGCUCAAAACAGAGAUAUACCACACACGCUGGAACCCUUGUUACCAUGGUUACAGGAUGAUGUACCUGAAGAGGUUCUGGGUGUGAAUCCUGCCCAUUGCCUUGUGUUCCUGGCCCCUACUGACUGGUCGGAGCUACCUGAGCUACCAGAGCCACAGGCACCUGAAGAGGACCUGCCUUUUAUACAAGACAUAACAACACCAAAACCAUGGAAUCCAAAGAAGUAUCCUUAUUAUUCCAGCAAACAGCCAGUAGAUGACUGGGUGUGUAAACAUGGUUCACAGGUACCUGCCUCAGACAGUGACGACACUCGGACUAUAUACAGGCAGACAUUUAGAAUACCAAGGAUGAGAACUGCAGAUAUUGUGAAGAAGGAAAUAACAGAUCUAGAAAACCUUCUGAAAGGUAUAGGAAACAAGGAUAGUGACUGUUCCAUGGCGAAUUACCAAUCAGAAAUAAUUAACUUCCAGAAUUUGCUCAAUGAUACCCUAGAAAUGGUGCCUGACAGGUAAAUAGUCCAUUGGAAAUGUAAAUUGAAUUCUGUGCAAACAAGUAGUAUAUCAGAGUUUACUAGGUGUGUACAUUUUGGCUGGCAGAUUAUUUUUGUUACAGUGAUGAUUCAGAUAUGGAUCUUCAGACUUGUAUCACAAUAAUAAUGGUCAGUUGAAAGAUUAUGAUUUUAUAUUUCCUGAUGAUACUCAGACUUUAUUAUUAAACCAUUGAAAAUCUCAUGUGAGAUAGUGUUAUGAUCUUUAUUGCACAGAUCUGAUACUAUUCUUAUGUAUUUCUAACCAGUAUUAAUCUUUCACAAUAAUAUGGGUUAUAAAUGACAUUAAAGUUGAAAUUCUAAUAUAUACAUUAUUGCUACACCUGAUUUAUUACGCCCCCCUUCGAGGAAGGAGGGGUAUAUUGUUUUUCAGAUGUCAGUCCAUAGACUAUUCAGUUUCCUGAUGAUAACUCAAAACACUUAGGACU